AUGUCACCGCACGAUGAUCUCACUGACGCAACUAACCGCCAGACGCACGUACACGAGAAGGAAGACAAUGCCAUUGAAUAUGCACACCAAGCAGAGAACCUCGGACAGGGUCGACGGGGCUCAAAGCAUGGCGAAAGAGACGAUUCGCCUGCUGUCAAGGCGAAAUUCGUCACGCCGCUCGACCCUGUGGUUGAGACGGCGGAUGGAGGUCGGCUGCCUGUCAUACCGGUCGAGGAGGCGGAGAAGCUGAACGAGCUACGGCAGGAGGCAGGUUUGAUGGAUGAGGAGAGGAACGAAUCCAAUGGUGCGAACGGGACGAAGAGGAUGAACAACAGGCGGCACAGGGAGUCAAACGUGUCGCAAAACGAAGAGCCGGACGCGCCAUUGCGCGACGCACUACCACCCUCGAAGACGAACCCAUUGUUCCCUCCGUUGCCCAUCUACGGACCUCCAUCUACAAUGCGAUCGAUACAGGUCGUCUUCUUCCGGAUAACUUCCUACGUCUUAUCAUUCCUGUUUCUGAUGGUCAUCUUCUUCGGAGCCGUCCUCAAUGAGAUUCCACGAGUUGUUUCCGACUCGCGCCAACGCGCUAUGCUACAGAAUCCCACAAAGAAGCGUCCAUUCUAUGCAGAGGAGGUGCACCGAAGAAAAGAGCGCAGAGCAGCAGAGAAGGAAUGGAAGAAACAGCACAAGAACAGGGGGAGGUCAACACCAUCAGGCGAGAAAGGCGAGAGUGUACCGCAAGAUGGUGCUUUCGUCCUGACUGAAGGCGGACCCGAGAAGCUCACAAUGGACGUCGGAUACUAUGCGCGCCGGGUUGGCUUGGACAUGGAAAUCUUCGAGGUUCAAACGGAAGACGGCUUCAUCAUCGAGCUGUGGCACCUGUUCAAUCCACGCGACUAUCGGAAUCGCCCAAGCACGUCUGAGCGAAACAUCCAUGGCCCGGACGUUUUCGAGGAUUCGCGAAUCGACUCAGCAUACGAACAAUUUCCAACAACAGACAAGAAGUACCCGGUCCUAAUGAUCCACGGCCUUCUCCAAAGCGCCGGCGCCUUCUGCAGCAACGAAGACGACUCCCUCGCCUUCUACCUCGCCAAGUCCGGCUACGACGUCUGGCUCGGCAACAACAGAUGCGGCUUCAAGCCCCGCCACACCAUGCUCGACUACCGCGACCCUCGCAUGUGGGCCUGGAACAUCCGCCAGAUGGGUGUCUUCGACCUGCCCGCCCUCAUCUCUCGCGUCUUGGGCGAAACCGGCUUCCCGAAACUCGCACUCAUAGCGCACAGCCAAGGCACCACCGAGACGUUCGUCGCGCUCGCCAAAGAACAGCGGCCCGAUAUUGGCGAGAAGAUAUCAGUCUUCUGCGCCUUAGCACCAGCCGCCUACGCUGGGCCUCUGAUAGGCAAGAUCUACUUCAAAGUCAUGCGUCUCAUCAGCCCGGCCAUCUUCCGCAUCAUAUUCGGCAUUCAUGGCUUCAUUCCCUUCAUGCUGUUCGCGCAUAAGAUACUACCUGCACGUCCGUACUCCUGGCUCGGGUACCACGUCUUCUCGCACCUGUUCAACUGGUCGGACCGCCGUUGGGAGAGGGAUCUGCGGGAUCGCAUGUUCCAGUGCGCGCCGGUGUAUGUAAGUAGUGAGAGCAUGCGCUGGUGGUUAGGACGGGAGUGCUUCGCGAAGCAGAAAUGCAUCUUAUCCACUCGCGAGGAAGGGGCGCAAGAGGACAUGGAAGAUGAAGAGGACGAUGAGAUCGUGAAGCGAAUGACCAGGGAGCGAGAUCCGCAUUUGAAUCCACGGAAGCGGUUGCAGAGGAAUUUGACGAGUUUUCAUUGUGCGACGGAGACUCAUACGCAUCAUGAUAGGAACAGGGGCAGGUUUGCUUGGUAUAAUGAGCAGUUUCCGCCGCUGGCGCUGUGGAUCGCUGGGUCGGAUGAUUUGGUCGAUGGGCGGAGGUUGCUGCGUCGCUUUGACCGCGGAAGGGAGCCGCAUGUGCGGUUGGUGCAUCGGAAGAUUAUCGAGGGGUAUGAGCAUUUGGAUGUCAUUUGGGCUAUGGAUGCGAUCGAGCAGGUCGGGAAGGAGGUGCGGGAAGUUAUCUGGCGGACUGUGGACGAAGAGAGCGCGGCAAUGUGUCGGGUACCGGUGGGUUGUGGGCGGCCGUUGGCAGAGGAAGUGGAUGUGAAAGAUGAGGUGCCCAUGAUGCAUUCGGGAGGGCGCACGCGGAUGGCGAGUAUCAGUGAGGUUGCCGAGCGGGGAAUGACUGCAGGCAGCGCUGUUGGCGGCAGUACUGUGGGGACGAUCGAGGAGGAGAGCGAUGGCGAGGAUGAGAAGUUGGGGCGGAGGUUUAGUGAGGCGCCGUUUACGGAUCUACAGGAAAAGGGCAACCCGUUGGGAUAG